AUGAUUCGGCUAGAUCGAGAACACGAAGCUCGAAAAGCAGACCCGUUUUUACUCCGCCAACAAGUCCAAAGGCUGAUCCCAGACCCAUCACUUGUUGUUUACGCAUGGCAGGUUCCGUCCGGCGUGGCAGUACUUGCCGCAUCGCCGGCAAAAGCAGCUAGUAUUUUACAGCAUAGUGAAGCCAUUGCUGCAAGAUUUGGUAAUGCUACGGUGGAAAGACAAGAGACUUGGACGACAUUUGUUGUCGGCCCUAUUCCAAAGAAAGUUAACACAUUAGACGGAGCCUAUGACCCACUUGAAGGGCUUUUACUAGAGGAGCCGGCGAUUCGAGCUAUAAAAGAUGACACUCCUAUUCGACACAUAGCCUGGACACGUCGGUCUACAGACUCUCUGAGCCCGUUUGGGCACAUCAGAAUUCAUGUUCCUGAGGCGAGGGCACACAAAGUGCCAUCCCUGAUGCAGCUUUUCGGACAAGCAACAAGUGUCCAACGAGUUUCGAACAAGCAGCUAUUGCGCACCUGCAAUAAAUAUUUUGGCUUCUGUUGUAAUGAAACAGUUCUGCAUCAGUAUCGAUGCAGGAUCUCUGUCUGUGCACUACUACAUGUAACUCUUAAUUCACUUGUAACUAGAUUCCAUCUUUAA